AAUGUGACAUGAACGUCAGAAAGGGCAUCCAUACGGAUUUUCUUUCUUAAAAUUUUCGAAUUGGACCCCACACUCACGAUUUCUAACCCCCCCGCCCCUCUUUCGAUGCGUUGAAACGCACCCUAAUAUAUGGAAUAGUAAUGCAUCAAACACCAUUCACGUUACGCAACAAUGGAAUCAUGCACAACACCUUCAUACUCCAUCUUACUUCUCUUCUUCACAUUCCUCACUAUCCUCUCUCUUCAAUUUUCAACCCGCUCCCUCUUCCCUCUUUCGAUUCUCUUCCAACAACAACCCUCCCUUCAUCCCACAACAUGCUCCUCUUUUUUCACUCACCUUCCUCCCAGAAAACAUAUCAUGUCCAUCGUCGAUUUCGGAGCUGUUGCUGAUGGCAAAACCUCCAAUACCGAUUCGUUUCGAAGGGCAAUUCGCUACAUGCAACGUUUUCAGAAUAAAGGUGGCUCCCAGCUUAAUAUCCCCGCCGGAAUAUGGCUCACCGGUAGUUUUAAUCUCACCAGUGAUUUCACGCUUUUUCUUCAUCACGGUGCUGUUCUUUUGGGUUCUCAGGAUCCAAAAGAAUGGCCUAUUAUUGAACCGUUGCCAUCUUAUGGAAGGGGAAGAGAGAGGUUAGGAGGAAGACACAUAAGCCUUAUACAUGCAAAUGGCGUCCGUAAUGUCGUCAUCACAGGAGAAAAUGGGACAGUUGAUGGUCAAGGGAAGAUGUGGUGGGAUCUUUGGUGGAACAGAACUUUGCAGCACACAAGAGGCCACCUCCUUGAAUUGAUGAACUCACAAAAUGUUCUUGUAUCAAACCUCACUUUUAAAAAUUCGCCUUUCUGGACCAUCCAUCCUGUUUACUGCAGUAACGUUGUGAUCAAAGGGAUGACAAUCUUGGCUCCUCUUAAUGCUCCAAAUACAGAUGGCAUAGACCCAGACUCGAGUACCAAUGUGUGUAUUGAAGAUAACUACAUUGAAAGUGGAGAUGAUCUUGUAGCCAUCAAGAGUGGUUGGGAUCAAUAUGGAAUCGCCAUGGCUCGGCCUAGCACAAAUAUCAUAGUGAGGAGAGUUUCAGGCACUACCCCAACUUGCUCUGGAGUAGGAAUAGGCAGUGAGAUGUCUGGUGGGAUUUCAAAUAUUAUAAUCGAGAAUUUGCACGUUUGGAAUUCUGCAGCUGGUGUUCGCAUAAAAUCCGAUAAAGGCAGAGGGGGUUAUAUAACGAAUGUGACAAUAAGCAAUAUAAGAAUGGAGAGAGUGAAGAUACCCAUUAGGUUCAGUAGAGGUUCAAACGACCAUCCUGAUGAUGGGUGGGAUCCAAAAGCUGUUCCUAGAUUUAAAGAUAUUUUAAUCAGUAAUGUGGUCAGUGUAAAUUCAACAAAAUCCCCAGUUUUGGAAGGUGUAGAGGGUUCUUCGUUUGUAGGCUUGUGCUUCAAGAAUAUUACUCUCCUUGGUGUAGCCUUAUCUGCAACAUGGCAUUGUGAAUAUGUCACUGGUUUUGCCAAUGGGGUGUUCCCUGUUCCAUGUCCUGAGAUGCAGAACAAUGGCACUUCAUCAUGGUGUUGAGCUUCCUGAUUUACUUCGUGCGGAUCGUUGAUGGUUUGCAAUUUCCAGCAAUGGUGAGUGAAAGCCAGAUCAAUUGGCUCACAUUGUUGCUUGAUUAAGCAGUUUUUUGAGUUGUGUUCAAGCAGAUUCUUAUGCUACCUGGGAAAAAAAUGGUCAUCCGUAAUGGAUUGGGCUUGUGAAGGCUGACUUUAUAUGACAUGAGAUCUUCCUUCCUGCCUCUGAUGAUAUUGACAGAUAUUCUGAUCGGUUUCAGGUUUGUGAUUGGAAUGUGUAGGACACCAUUUGAAUUUGAUUGAUAUUGUGUCAUGCUCUCUCUCUCGCCCUGGUUGGUUGCCAUAUAAUGCGAAGUUGCACCUUAGUUUUAGAGGUGUAACCAAUUAUUCUUGUGUUUUACUUAACUAGAUUGUUUUGUUAAACAUUAUUUGUUACUGUUGUAUAGAUAGUUUUUUCACUGGGAGAGAACCCAAAUAUGAAAAUACAGGAGAGACAAUUUUGAUUCA